GCAACUUUUAAGUGGUGGGGACGCUGCCCCGCCCCUCCAGGUGCGGCCAGACCACUCCUACCCCCCCCUCCUCCCCGGCGCGCGCGUCGCGCCACCGCCACAGCAGGGAGAGAAGGCAGGAUGACCACCUCCUCAUUCCUGGAUCCCUGGCCAUCCAAGGAGGUGUCCAUCAAUGAGCGCCUGGGCCUUGGAGACCAUCCCAAUGACUCCUACUGCUAUAGCUCAGCCCCAAACAGCACUGUGCUUCAGGGGGUCACCUUCGGGGGGAUCCCCACUGUCCUGCUCAUAGAUGUCAUCUGCUUUCUGUUUUUAGUCCUGGUGUUUUCCUUCAUAAGGAGAAGAUUCUGGGAUUAUGGCCGCAUAGCCCUGGUAUCAGAAGCAGGCAGUGAGGCCAGAUUCCAGAGACUGUCAUCUUCUUCCUCGGGGCAAGAAGACUUUGAAAACGAACUGGGAUGCUGCCCUUGGCUGACUGCCAUCUUCCGCCUGCACGAUGACCAGAUCCUGGAGUGGUGUGGGGAGGACGCCAUCCACUACCUGUCCUUCCAGAGGCACAUCAUCUUCCUGCUGGUGGUCAUCAGCUUCCUGUCCCUGUGUGUCAUCCUGCCUGUCAACCUCUCGGGAGACUUGCUGAAUAAAGACCCAUACAGCUUUGGGAGGACGACAAUAGCAAACCUGCAGACGAACAAUGACCUCCUUUGGCUGCACACCGUCUUCUCCGUCAUCUACCUCUUCCUCACUGUGGGCUUUAUGUGGCAUCAUACACGCUCCAUCAGAUACAAAGAGGAGAGCCUGGUGAGACAGACCCUGUUCAUCACAGGACUCCCCAGAGAAGCCAGAAAGGAAACCGUGGAGAGCCACUUCCGGGAUGCAUAUCCUACAUGUGAGGUGGUGGAUGUCCAGCUGUGCUACAGCGUGGCUAAGCUGAUGUACCUGUGCAGAGAGAGGAAGAAGGCAGAGAAGAGCCUCGCUUAUUACACAAGUCUGCAGGCCAAGACAGGCCGAGUGACCCUCAUCAACCCCAAGACUUGUGGCCAGUUCUGCUGCUGCGAAGUGCAGGGCUGUGAGCGGGAAGAUGCCAUCUCUUAUUACACCCGAAUGAAUGACAGACUGCUGGAGAGGAUUACUGCUGAGGAGUGCCUGGUCCAGGACCAGCCUCUAGGAAUGGCCUUUGUCACCUUCCGUGAGAAGUCCAUGGCUACUUUCAUCCUGAAAGACUUUAAUGCCUGCAAGUGCCAGGGCCUUCGGUGUAAAGGGGAGCCCCAGCCAUCCUCCUAUAGCAGAGAACUUUGUGUCUCCAAGUGGACUGUCACCUUUGCCUCCUACCCUGAGGACAUCUGCUGGAAGAACCUCUCCGUCCAGGGUGUCCGCUGGUGGCUCCAGUGGCUGGGCAUAAACUUCACUCUGUUUGUGGUGCUGUUUUUCCUGACCACACCCUCUAUCAUUAUAUCUACCAUGGACAAGUUCAAUGUCACCAAACCCAUCCACGCAUUGAAUGACCCUAUCAUCAGCCAGUUUUUCCCCACACUCCUGCUCUGGUCCUUCUCGGCGCUGCUCCCUACCAUUGUCUACUACUCCACACUGCUGGAGUCUCACUGGACGAGGUCAGGGGAAAACCGGAUCAUGGUGUCCAAGGUCUACAUAUUCUUGAUCUUCAUGGUGCUGAUCCUGCCUUCCCUUGGCCUGACUAGCCUGGAUUUCUUCUUCCGGUGGCUCUUUGACAAAACUUCCUCAGAUGGCUCCAUCCGGCUGGAGUAAGUAUGGGCUCAGCCGCCAUCCAGAGUGCAGAUCUCAAGAGCUUUGUGAGGGGAGGGCAGUACGGUGUCAGGCCUCAACUCAACCUUUCUCCCCUGGAACCACACAGGCCUUGCAACCACACAGCCCCCCUGCAUUCCUGGAAUAUAUGUGCGAGCUGGCCUA